AUGAAAUUAGUGAUCUUGGCUCUGUUCAUUGCUGGCGCCUACGGUUGUGGGCAGCCCACUUAUAAACCUGUCGCCUCAAGGGUGGUGGGUGGAACUGAUGUUAAACCAAACAGCUGGCCAUGGCAGGUGUCUCUCCAGUACCAGAGUGGCUCCAGCUUUUACCACACUUGUGGUGGCACCCUGAUCGACAAGCAGUGGGUUUUGACUGCUGCUCACUGCAUUGGCAGCCGCACUUACAGAGUGGCACCACAUACAGUCACACAUAGAUGUCACUGA